GCGUGGUAAUGAGGUAAGUACAGGACUGAAAAAGAAGAGACCAUAAAAGCCAAACGGAGACCAUUCUAUUUCUUCUCUUCUCACCAACCACAGCCAUGCAAACGCUACUUCUGCCGGCAACACGCGCCGGCAGCUUCGCGGCGGCGGCUCCUCUCUCAGCCUCCGCCAUCGCCGCCCCUCGUCUCCCCCAACCAUUUCUCCGGCCAUAUUCCCUGCCCUCACUCCCUCUCAAUUUGACUCGUUCUUCUUCCUCUCUCGGUUCCUCCCUCGCUGGUCAACGAUGGAAAAAGCUUCCAUUAAUCGCACGCGCUUCUUCGCAAGUGUCUCCGGUUUCCACUCACUCCAACGGCGAAUCAGAGAAGGCGAAACUCGAGCAGGUGGCGAAGAGAUUGGAGAAGACGGCGAGGCAUUUCAAGCGUUUGGGUAGCUUAGGGUUUUGGGGUCAGCUAGUGUGCACCGUCGUGGCUGCCGUUAUACUCUCGUUUUCCGUCGUCAUCACCGGAAAAGUGACGUCGCCGGCCACGUUUUAUGCCACUGCGGGUGGAAUAGUGGCUGCCUUCAUUUCCGUGUUUUGGUCCUUUGGCUAUAUUCGCCUCUCUGAGAAGCUUCAAAGAACUGCAAAUGACCCUACCAAGGCACCCCCUCGCGCUGAUGUAGUGAAAGGGUUGAAAAAUGGUAUAAUAAUGAACCUAUUGGGGAUGGGUGCUGCUAUCCUUGGAAUGCAAGCCACGGUUGGAUUGUUAGUUGCAAAGGCUCUCACUUCCUCAGCCAACCCGUAUUAUCAGGGAAUAUCACCUGGUAACAGCCCAGUUCUCGCAUUGGAUGUAUUUUUGGUGCAGGCUUCAGCGAACACUAUUCUUUCUCAUUUCCUUGGGCUUGUUUUCUCACUCGAGUUGUUGCGAUCAGUCACACUUCCGCCUUCAGAAGCAACUCCAUUUCCCAAGUUUGCAUAAUGGUUGUCUCGAGACUACGUUUUAAGGCCUUCUUCCUAGGCAAUUGACAUCAUCACGUAUUUCCAAUUUCAAAAGAACAUGUGCAAUAUUGCUAAUAAGCAUGAUAACUCAGCAAAUGAAGAUCCUUGGGUUGAUUAUUACAAUGGCAGGAGUAGAUCGCGUUGUCUGUCUACGCUUCACAGCUUGGAGUUAUCACUUACUUUCAUAGCUUGUCUCGGUAUGUGUCAAUAGGAGAAAUUUCGAAAAACAACUUUGAAAUAAUUGUAUAUUAGACCUGUCAUGCUAUCUGCGGGUUUUUGUUUCUUUUCAAAAUACUCGCCAGCUUGUUUGACAGUAUGAUGUGGAGUUUUUUUUAUCAAAGGAACAAAGUUUUUUUUUGUUAGGGUUUCUUUGUGCCCAUGAUUUUGUAUUUGCAUCACUCAUUAUGAUUUAUGCAUCAGAAUCUUGUGCAGUAUUUGU